UAUAUUAUUACUCGAAGUCGAUGAAAAAACCGUCGUUGUUUCAGAUCAUUAUUAUAGUGCUAAGCAUACCAACGACUACGGGGAGGACGGUGGGAAAUCUUCGGGUGCGGGAAGGAUCACCUUUCAAGAUCGCAAUAUUUGCAGACCUCCACUUCGGUGAAGACACGUGGACUGAUUGGGGUCCUGGUCAGGAUGUGAACUCCGUUAACGUUAUGUCCGCCGUUCUCGACGCUGAAACUCCAGAUUUUGUGGUCUAUUUGGGAGAUGUUGUGACGGCUAACAACAUAGCAAUCCAAAACGCAAGCUUGUUUUGGGACAAAGCAAUCUCUCCUACAAGAGACAGAGGCAUUCCAUGGGCUACUCUCUUUGGUAACCAUGACGAUGCUUCUUUUGUUUGGCCUUUGGAUUGGUUGUCUUCCUCCGGUAUUCCUCCCCUUCGUUGCCCUGCAGCAUCAGAUGAUGAUGGAUGCACGUUCAGAGGAACUACGCGAGUGGAACUGAUUCAGGAAGAAAUAAAGUCAUCCAAUGCACUCUCAUACUCCAUGAUUAGUCCUAAGGAGCUAUGGCCAAGCGUAUCUAACUAUGUCCUUCUUGUGGAAUCAUCGGAUCAUUCGAAACCACCCGUGGCAUUGCUAUAUUUUCUUGAUUCGGGCGGUGGUUCAUACCCGGAGGUUAUCUCAAAUGCUCAAGUGGAAUGGUUUAAAACCAAGUCUAAUACUCUUAAUCCCUAUUUAAGGAUCCCGGAGUUGAUAUUUUGGCACAUACCUAGUAAAGCAUACAAGAAAGUAGCUCCAAGGUUAUGGAUAACAAAACCUUGCGUUGGAUCAAUCAACAAAGAGAAAGUUGUUGCUCAAGAAGCUGAAAAUGGGAUGAUGAGAGUUCUUGAGAACAGAUCCUCCGUUAAGGCAGUGUUUGUAGGACACAACCAUGGACUAGACUGGUGCUGUCCGUACAAAGAUAAACUCUGGCUUUGCUUUGCGAGACACACAGGUUAUGGUGGAUAUGGAAAUUGGCCAAGGGGAUCAAGGAUUUUGGAGAUUUCUGAAAUGCCCUUUCGUAUUAAGACCUGGAUUAGGAUGGAAGAUGGAUCUGUCCACAGUGAAGUUAACCUAACAUAUGAUUAGUCUAUUUAUCACAUAUGUCAAACUUUGUAGAAGUAAUAGUGCCUAUAGUUGUUGGUAGGUUUGGUCACUGUAAACUUGUUAAGUGACAAGAAAAACUGCUUUCCAUAAGCCAAUAAAUGAACUGAUGAUUGGUUCAAGAC